AUGAGCGACGCGAGUUACAACCCUUCCUGCCAGCUUGCUGUCGGCCCGGACGCACUGCGGCGUCAGCCCGCUACGAUUUCAUCUGCUUUGGCCCCUCCAGUCGACACCGGUGAUUGCAGAUACGUUGUAACCGACGACAUGGUAUUCGUCGACGCCUUGAAGGAGGGCGAACAAGCGUAUAAGCGCGCCCAAUCGUAUUACGAAGUCGGGGGCUAUGUCAUCCCCAGUGACGAGGUGCAGGCAUGGAUACAAAACAAGCACCCCGGCAUCUUCGACCCACCGCCAGGCGAAGACCACGGCCCUGGCCCUUCUCGAGGCGUCGAAGGCACUCUCGAUACGGAAGCGCUUGUGGAUUUCGUCAUGUUCAAGAUGGACGAGGCGAGGAAGAAGCGUCUGCCCGUGGGGAAUCGCGUCAGGCAUAUCUCCCCUUACCUAACGGACAUCGUCGAGGGGGUCUUUUGUGCUUGUAACUGGAAAGCAGUACAGCGUACCGGGUACUUGAGAGUGCAAGAUCGUGAUUUCCCCGAGGACGUGCGCGGGACUACGGGCAAUGGCUCCGAGGACGAUCAGGUUCUGCGCGAUUGGCUGGGAGAGCCGGAGCAGGGCGUGGACAUCGAGAAGCUGGUGUACAUCAAGCAAUGCAUGCUAGUGGUCUAUUGA